AUGCUCGCUCGAAAGAUUGUGUCAUCAUCAGCCACUGCUACUUGGUCUUCGCUUCUGUUGAAGAGAAGUUUGGGAAGUGGUGCUGGCCGUUUGAUUCUUUCAUCUUCGUCCUUCGGAAAGAAGAAUGAACAAGUCUGCUCUAGGACGUAUUCCACAAACAACAAUAUCAUGUUCAAUGCAGAAAAUAAUAAUAAUAAUUACAACAUCGGAUCAUCAUCUGAAGCAUCCUAUCAAUCCGUUGGUUCUGUUCAAAAAUUGAAGAACAAAAUUCUGGAUACAGCAAUUGAUAAGUAUGUGUUGAGUCAUGGGUGGACCGUGGAAUCCAUUACACAGGCUGCAAAGGAUUUUGGAUUGAGUCCAAUGGCUUCAUCACAACUAUUUGCAACAGGCUCAACAAGUCUCGGACCAGAAACAGAACUCAUUCAAUAUUUUCUUACAAAAUGUAAUAGAGAGAUGAGUACACAAAUUCAACUCAUGGACAAGACUGGAAUGGAUAUACCAACAAUUAUUAAGAAAUCUAUUCGUCUUAGACUUGAAAUGGUAGCUCCAUUUGUUAGAGCCGGUAAAUGGACUGAAGCCAUGUCAACAUUCAUUUUCGGUCCAAAUCCUCUAGUUGACACUCCCACUCAGCUCUUUAAUCAAUUGACCGGAUUCAAAACUUCUGGAACUACAAAUGCUCUGGGUCCGGUAAAUCAAGUUCAAGGGUUGAACGCUCUCUAUAAUGCCGCAAUUUUAGUGGAUGAAAUUUGUCAUAUUGCUGGUAUUCGUGAUACUGAUAUUCAAUGGUAUAUUAAGAGAGCUGGUGUUGGACUCGUCUACACUUCUUGUGAAUUUUACAUGCUCACAGAUAAUUCACCUGAUUUUCAAGAUACAUGGAGCUUCCUUGACAGAAGAAUGGAUGAGCUGACAGUGUUGCAAUCUGUCAAUGAAGGUCUAACAAGUGCUGUGGGUGGUAUUUUCGGAAGUGUAUUGUCCGUGAUUUCUGCUGCAGUCGCUCCACAACAAGCAUCACCUGUCUCAACAAGUCCAACCACUCAAACACAACAUGAAACAAUGCCUUCACCAAACAAAAAUUAA